UGAAAGUGAGGCCUUUGGGCACGUAAAAGCAUUUAAAAAGCUCAGGUGUUGUUCUCACCCUUCAGUUUGCAACGGCUGCAGAAAACGCAACAACAUUCUUGUGCUGUGUUGAGCCACUGGAUUUAAGGACAUGUUGCUGUUGAUUUUGAUGCUUUGUGUUCCUUCCUGCACUACACUUGAAAAAUCAAGUUGCAAAGGCGGAACUAUUCAAUUGGAAGGUGGAAGAAAUGUGACAAAAGAAGGGAAUCUGAUUUUCAUUUCAACUGAAGGACAAAGAAAAACGUUAAUGUAUAAAGGCAAGGCUACAGACCCACGUAUCACAGUUUCGUACAGCAAAGUACUUCUUAAAGGAUUGCAAAAAGAAGAUGAAGGAAAAUAUCAAUUUACAUCUCUCAGAGGGCUUGUAAACCAGUAUGAGGUAAAAGUAAUAGAAUGUAUUACAAAGAAGUAUAUGGAGAGUGUUUCCCUUGGGGUUCCUGAAAGAGCUCAGUACCUGUAUUUUAAGGGUUCGACUGAAAAACUGGAAAAACUCUGGGAUCGUACAAAAAGUCAAAACACUGAUAAAAGAGUGAUUGUGAAGAACAAUGUCUGGAAAAUGGUCAAUCUCACUAAGGCAGACGAAGGAUUCUACUUGUUUGUUCGUGAAGACAAAAAAGUUGAGCUAACGAUAAAGCUAUCUAUAAAAGAAGAAACCCAGGAUUAUAAACUGAAAGUGAAUGAGAGCCUCUUCAUUAAAUUUCCUGAGCGUGGAGGACCUUGGGAUGUGGUGUUCAAGUCAAAAAAUAAACAACAGAGGGUGAUGAUCAAAAAUCAACUAGUUUUGGAAGGCACUGGAUUCGAGGGGAGAAUUACUAUUCAGAAUAAUAGCAUUGAAAUUAAAUCAGUGACAGCAGAAGAUUCUGGAACGUUUAACUUCUAUGACCAACAAGGCAACCUGGCAAUGUCUGUUAAGCUGGAUGUUGACUCUGGAUCUAAUCACCUAGCUGCUUAUAUUGUUGUUCCGUUGGUCCUUCUGGUGGUUUGUGUGGGUGGUGGUUCUGCUGCAAAAAAAGGUAAAUCAAAACCUAGCGAGGAAGCUUCUGUCUCUCCCGAUCCUAACACUGUGCAUGCUUCACCGCCUGAUACCAACAUGUAUCCCCUGCUCCAUCAGGUUCCGCCUCCAGAAACUUCUACGUCUAUGCACUACAAGAUGUAGUUUUCACCUCUGGAUGCUGAGCCACUGACUGAUCAUGCAAAAACAUAGAAAAAAGGGAUUUAAAGUUCUGAAUAACCCAAUUUUGUUGCAAGCUUUAUCAAGAGAUUAGUUGAAUGUUGUUUUCAGAAGUGUGUGUGUGGGCGGGGGUGGGGGGGCCGCAGUUUUUUUUUAAAUAUAACUAACUUCAGCGUGUGUGACCAUCCAGUCACAGACCCGAUUCAGUGGCGCAUCAGAUGUUUGUAAACUGAGCUUCUUUUAGGAGGGAAAGCAAUGACAGCCAAUCACACAACAGUAGACAGUGGGCUUGUGUGCGGUCUAAACUCAGGAAAGCAUGCUUCCGCUAGAGCUGUGGUUUUUCGCUUGGCCAUAUUGCUCAACGAAUGUCUGUGUACUGUAAUGUAAAAUUGUUUUUAGACAGUAAAACAUAGAGGACCCAAAUGGACGUUUGAAAAAGUGCAGGGUUACAAACACAAUACCUCAUCACUAGAUCUACCUAAAGCCUUAUGUGGAAACCCAAGGAACAGGCUUGGAGAGGUUUUAACAUGGAUCUUAAAGGUGGACCUGAAGUCCAGAAGCUCUAGGCAUUCAAAAUUGUUGCAGAUAAGAGUAUGGUGAUGAGCUCCAAGGAGUCAAAAUGAUUAGAAAUGCCUACUGUAAUAAGUGCAUUAGAUAUUAAUUUGUUUAAGUAUAUUUAUGCAAUUGUACCUGUAGACACUUCUGAAGAUUAUUAUGAACUUUUCUCAGACAUGUAUAUAGAUGAAUACAGAAUGUAUUAUUAAUUUCUCAUGGAUCUUUAGCUUUUUAAGAGGGAUUGUUGCUAUUAUUUUGUUUGACGGUUGUUUUACCUUACCUUUUUAUCUUUUCUUAUUCAUAUACCCAUUUAUAUACCCAUGUGUUCAAGCAAUGCAAGCCACUUUUCUUUGUGAUGUUAUAUAGCUCUACUGUGUUUUGGUUUGUUUCUUAUUUGGUUUAUAGACAAAAACAUCUGCUUUACUUAAUAAUUUUCAAAACAUUUUACCUUUACAUCUUUUUGUAACAUUUAAAUGUAACAUUGACUGAUGUAACAUGAAUUGAAAGAUAAAAAUGUGACAUAUUUAGUAAAGGCAAGAUUAGAAAGA